GUGGAAGAGUACGGUUGCUUCGAGGCGUCGUUCGACAGGGUUUCUGAGGACGUUCGCAGGGCGGUUUUCGGGUCGCUGGAAGAGCUUUUCGAGCUGCCUUUGGAGACGAAGCUGCGGAAUGCUUAUUCGAACAAACCGAGCCGAGGUUAUGUGGGACAACACCCUCUGAUUCCGGUGUAUGAAAGCUUGGGCAUAGAUGAUGCUCAUGUUCCUGAAAGUGUGGAAUCCUUCACCAACACUCUGUGGCCUCAAGGAAACUCAAGUUUCAGCAAAACGAUGCAGUCUUACUUCGAGCAGCUUUCAGAAUUGGACAAAAUCGUGAGGAAAAUGAUCGUCGAAAGCUUUGAUCUGGAGAAAUAUAUGGACGAACACAUCAGCUCCACAAACUACCUUCUGCGGUUCAUGAAAUACGAUAGCCCUAACACCCCUGAUGCCAAACUUGGGCUUAGUCCGCACACAGACAAUAAUACGGUGACCAUAUUGCAUCAGAAUCAAGUUGAGGGACUGGAAGUGCAAACCAAAGAUGGCAGGUGGAUCAACAUCCAGCCUUCUCCAACCUCUUUCAUCGUUAUCAUUGGAGAAGCUCUUAGAGCUUGGUUGAAUGGUCGACUUUAUUCACCGCGUCAUCGGGUUAUGAUGUAUGGAAAUGAAACGAGAUAUUCAUUGGGUUUAUUCUCAACCCCAAAAUCUGGCUACGUGAUACAGACCCCAAAAGAAAUGGUUGACGAGAAACAUCCAUUGUUGUUUAAGCCCUACGACCACGAAGAAUUUAUGUCCUUCUAUUACACUGAAGCUGGCCAAAGAGCACCCUCUGCUUUGCAAGCAUAUUGUGGAAUCUAA